AUGAAAUUAGUCCGCUGUAACAGACACUUAUAUCAUUGUACAUUUCCAGAAUGUGGAACAUCAUCUACCAUUGGUAAGAUCUCUGGACUAAUAAAAUCACAUAAAGGAUUUGGUACUACAUUGUAUCCUAACAAACUGAACUGUACAUGGAACAUUCAACCACCAACAGCUUAUAAAGUCAAACUCAAGUUUCUUGUUUUUGACCUGGAAAAUUCUACCAGUUGCUCUAAAGAUAACUUAAUGAUCUCAGAUGGUCGAAAAAGACAAGACUUUUGUGGACCAGCUGUACCAAUUGCUAUAACAACAUUAAGUAACGUCCAGUUGACAUUCACCACAGAUGAAAAUACAGAGAGUCUUGGCUUUCUGAUCAAAUAUACAUAUUUCCGUGAGCCAAAAGGGUGUCACUAUGAUUAUCUUUCUCUUCAUGACGUGGUGACAAAUCAACCUAUUGGUAAGUAUACAUCAAGUAUUCAUCAUGGUUUUCUAUAUAGAGUACGUAUUAGUACAUGUAGCGGAAAUACUGCUUGUGGGUCCGUGCUUUAUCUCAAUGCCUCAACAGGCUCUAUUACACUACCUCAUCAACUAAACGGUGAAUACUUCCCAAACUUGAACUGUCAAUGGUUACUUGUAGGCGAACCAGGGGCCAAUAUUAUUGUCAAUUUUGAAUCGUUUCAUUUAGAGACGUCAACAGACUGUAAGAAAGAUUACCUAACCUUCUAUGAUGGUGAUAGCGAAGUAUCGAGAAUGGUAGCUACGUUUUGUGGUAAAGAUUUACCAGCUAGUGUUAUAGCUACAGCCAAUAAAAUGUUCAUUAAGUUUCAUUCCGAUCAGAGUAUUGAAGGGAAAGGCAUCAUAUUGCAGUAUCUUCAAAUGACACCAGAUGUUGUGGAGCUUAAAUCUGAAUCAGGGAUUCUGACUUCUAUUGGUUUUACUGGAUAUACCAACUACAGUCCGAAUCUGAAAUGUCAGUGGCAGAUCACAACGACACCAGGCAAAGUCCUGCGGCUGAUAUUCGCAGACUUUGAAACAGAAUACGAAGAGAGCUGUCAAUAUGAUCAUGUAGAAUUCUGGGAUGGUUCUUCAGGAAAUAGAACAAUACUAGGAAAAUACUGUGGAAUUAGACUACCGAGAGAUAUUACGACUCAUUCUAAUACAGUGUAUGUAAAAUUUGUGUCUGAUGGAGCUGUUAGUGGUAUUGGAUUCAAUCUAACAUACCAUACCAUGGAAAACAUUGGUAAUCUAUUUCAUGUUCGUAUAUCAAUCAACUACUGUCAUUGA